GUUGACAGGUUGAGCAAAUGCAUUGUGGGAAGCAGAAACCUAUGACGUCCUCUUCUCUGUAUUUUCUAAACAUGUUUGGCUGGUGACGAACUAACACAGCAUCAAAAUGCAUUCUAUAUUGGUGAUUAUAUAGCUAAGAGAUAUAGAUGUGUUUAUUUUGAGGAGUGGGAUCGUGUGAACAAUGGACGGAGACGGGGCCAGCAGUACUGGGGCCACUCCCUCAGAGGAGAUGAAUGGUACUGGGAACCUGAUGGACUUCCUGGACGAGCCCUUCCCAGACGUUGGCACCUACGAAGACUUCCACACCAUUGACUGGCUCCGGGAGAAGUCACGCGACACAGACCGGCAUAGGAAGAUCACCACCAAGAGUAAGGAGUCUUACUGGGAGCUGAUGAAGAGUCUUCUGGAUGCCUGGUCAGGAUGGGUGGUGAUGCUGCUCAUAGGAAUGCUCACAGGUACGCUGGCUGGAGUGAUCGACCUGGCUGUGGACUGGAUGACCGAUCUGAAAGAAGGGGUGUGUCUGUCUGCUUUGUACUACAGCCGGGAGCAGUGCUGCUGGACCUCCAACGAGACCACCUUCGACGACAGAGACAAGUGUCCGCAGUGGCAGAAGUGGGCCGAGCUGAUGACCGGUCACUCUGAGGGUCCCGGGGCAUAUGUGUUGAAUUACUUCCUGUAUGUGUUGUGGGCGCUGUUAUUCUCUUUCCUGGCUGUGUCUCUAGUAAGGGUCUUUGCCCCCUACGCCUGUGGGUCAGGUAUUCCUGAGAUCAAGACCAUCCUGAGUGGGUUCAUCAUCCGGGGGUACCUGGGGAAGUGGACCCUGCUGAUCAAGACGGUGACCCUGGUCCUGGCUGUGUCCUCCGGGCUCAGCCUGGGGAAGGAGGGGCCCCUGGUCCACGUGGCCUGCUGCUGUGGUAACCUCUUCUGCUCCCUGUUCUCCAAGUACAGCAAGAACGAGGGCAAGCGCAGAGAGGUGUUAUCGGCUGCUGCUGCUGCUGGGGUGUCAGUGGCUUUUGGAGCUCCGAUUGGAGGAGUUCUCUUCAGCCUGGAGGAGGUGAGUUACUACUUCCCUCUGAAGACUCUGUGGCGCUCCUUCUUCGCUGCGUUGGUGGCGGCCUUCACCCUGCGCGCCAUCAACCCGUUCGGCAACAGCAGACUGGUCCUGUUCUACGUGGAGUACCACACCCCCUGGUACAUGGCUGAGCUGGUCCCCUUCAUCCUGCUGGGGGUGUUCGGGGGCCUCUGGGGAGCCCUCUUCAUCCGGGGGAACAUCGCCUGGUGUAGGAGGAGGAAGACCACUCUGCUGGGGAAGUACCCCGUCCUCGAGGUGAUCGUGAUAACGGGAAUUACCGCGGUCCUGGCGUUCCCUAACCCGUACACGCGGCGCAGCACCAGCGAGCUCAUCUCCGAGCUGUUCAACGACUGCGGUGCCCUGGAGUCCUCUCAGCUGUGUGACUACGUUAAUAACCCCAACAUGAGCCGCCCGGUGGACGACAUCCCAGACCGCCCUGCUGGACCCGGGGUCUACAGCGCUCUGUGGCAGCUGGCCCUGGCUCUUAUCUUUAAGAUUGUAAUAACGAUCUUCACCUUCGGCAUGAAGAUCCCAUCUGGGCUGUUUAUCCCCAGUAUGGCUGUGGGGGCCAUCGCUGGGCGAAUCGUGGGCAUCGCUGUGGAGCAGAUGGCCUACCAUCACCACGACUGGAUCAUCUUUAAGAGCUGGUGUCGUCCCGGAGCCGACUGUGUUACCCCAGGUCUCUACGCUAUGGUGGGCGCUGCCGCAUGUCUGGGAGGCGUGACCCGUAUGACCGUGUCCCUGGUGGUCAUCAUGUUUGAGCUGACCGGUGGUCUGGAGUACAUCGUCCCCCUCAUGGCCGCAGCCGUCACCAGUAAGUGGGUAGCGGACGCCUUUGGGAAGGAGGGUAUCUACGAGUCCCACAUCCAACUCAACGGCUACCCCUAUCUGGACGUCAGGGACGAGUUCACACACAGGACCCUGGCCACGGAUGUGAUGCGUCCCAGGCGCAGUGAGCCCCCCCUGGCCGUGUUGACCCAGGACAGCACCACGGUGGAGGACGUGGAGACGCUCAUCAAGGACACCGACUACAACGGCUUCCCUGUGGUCGUGUCCCGAGAGUCAGAGCGCCUCAUCGGCUUCGUCCAGCGCAGGGAACUCACUGUGGCCAUCAAGACUGCCCGUCAGAAGCAGGACGGGGUGGUGAGCAGCUCCGUGGUCUACUUCACGGAGGACAACCCCCAGGUGGCCGAGGCCUGCGACCCCCAGCCCCUGAAGCUGCGGCGCAUCCUCAACCUCAGCCCCUUCACCGUCACGGACCACACCCCCAUGGAGACCGUGGUGGACAUCUUCAGAAAGCUGGGCCUCCGACAGUGUCUGGUCACCAGAAGCGGGCGUCUGUUGGGCAUCAUCACUAAGAAGGAUGUCCUCCGUCACAUGGCCCAGAUGAUGAACCAGGACCCAGAAUCCAUCAUGUUUAACUAGUGGCCCAAGAAGAAGAACCUCUCUGCCCCUCCCUCAGAUUGUAAAUAGUCAAACACUACUCUAACCUGUAAUGAAGAAGAGUCGCUCCUCAAAUACAGGCCCCCUGUGUUUAGAAUGUAGGGAUGGAGAAAGAGGGGUGAAGAAAGAGGGGGAUCAGGACUGAGAUGGAUAAAUGAAGAGUGUGUGGACCAGAAUGGAAGGAUGAUUAAAGAGGGGUGUAAGGACUAAGAUGGAUAAAUGAAGAGUGUGUGGACCAGAAUGGAAGGAUGAUUAAAGAGGGGUGUAAGGACUAAGAUGGAUAAAUGAAGAGUGUGUGGACCAGAAUGGAAGGAUGAAUAAAGAGGGGUGUAAGGACUAAGAUGGAUAAAUGAAGAGUGUGUGGACCAGAAUGGAAGGAUGAAUAAAGAGGGGUGUAAGGACUAAGAUGGAUAAAUGAAGAGUGUGUGGACCAGAAUGGAAGGAUGAUUAAAGAGGGGUGUAAGGACAAGGAAGGAAGAUAAAAGAAGAGGGUGUGAGGACCAGGAAAGGGGGACCAAGAGGGAGGGGUGGAUGAUGGUAAAAUAAUGGUAAAAUAAAAUAAAUAAAUAAAAAUAGGGGUGUGAGGACCAGGAGGGAGAGAGGUGCCAAUCAUGGCAAGGAGGGAAUGAUGAGUUGUUUUAGUUUGAUGUGCCGCUGACGCCAUAUUUCUGUUUUCAGUGCCGCUUCAACGCCUGCUGUAACUGACUUCGGUCUAAGUAGCCAAUUUUAAGUUGGUGGCCCUUAGAACCCAUUGUUCCCAGGGUAUAUUUCACAUGUUGAUGUUACUUUGACAUUUGCGGCUUCUCAAAUGUUUCUGAAUAUUGAACUGUAAUAACAUAGUUUUAACACUGGUACUGUAUGUAUUUGCUAGAAGACAUCAUAUAAUGUCAAUUUGAUUUAAUUUAUCCAGAUUUUUAUUUUUAUUUUUGCGAUGAAGAAUGCACUUUGGAAGAAAAAUUGCUGAACCAGAAAGAGCCACCAAGUCCAAUGUUUUUCUUGUUACUUUAUAGUUCUCACUCCAUGCUGUUCCUCACCAGUUUCAUAGGUUUUGUUUUAAUAUGCUGAGGGAAUGUAAUUGUGGAAAUAUUGAACCUGCCUCACUUCGUUUUUGUUUGUUUAAUUUGAUACAUAUCACUCCAGACAAGAGCCACAGUGGUUGUGUGGAUUAAGCCACAGUAGGUUCUCCUUCUUUGUCUUUUCAUACUGAAAGAUAAUUCUAUAUUUAUUAAUCUUUUUUUCAAAUCCAUCCAUCCAUUGUUACUACUGUAUUGAGAAACUAUCGAUUGUCAUUAUCUCGAGCAAUUGAACACUACUGUAGUCGUUUAAUAUGUAUUAUUCUAAUAUGAGCUGUUGUUCAACAUUGCUGUAACUUGGAACUGGUACAGAAAACGGACAUUUGCACUUUUGUUGGUGUUUGUAAAUAACGUCUAAGUGAUGCACAAUAUAUACUAUUUGCAAUGUACACGGUUCUGACAUUAAAUUAAAGGGGCGUUGUGUCAACAAGAA